GUACUCUCGCAUUGAUUAGUGGAGCGUUGCCGCCACCUUGUGGCAGCAAUCUAUUACUGCCACUGAAUAAAGAACCAUAAAUAAUGUGAACGCAUGAACAGUCGUGUCCGCAAGGUACUGCAUGACGUGUCCCACUUGGAGACUAAAACCACAAAAAUAUUAUUGUUCCGUAUAAUUACAGUAAAAGUACGUCAAGUUAAAUGGACAGAAGGUGGCGCUACAGUUGCAGAGCAUGUUUUCGGCAGCAUAAAAUGACUCCUCGUGUUUUCGUCGUUUUCAGCGCGAUAGUUCACAGGUCGCGGAAAGGUUGUGUUUUGGUUUCGACUAGCUAUGGCGGCUGUGAGUUGGUUUGCUUACAGGCAACUGCCUCGCAUCGCGUCCCAGUUCGGUCGGCACCUGAGGCGAGCUGGACUGUUCUAUACCGGAGCACCGGUGCGGAGAUUCACCUCGACUCCUCGCUCGCGGAUCGGGGAUAAAGGGUCAUGGGGCAAGACGCGGAUGCUGGAGCAAUCUCAUUUGACAGAGCUCGAUAAGGCGGAUGCAUUGAUGUUGAGGAAGUCCCAUGAGACAGGGUUCCUGUCCUGGUUCCGUAAUGGUCUGCUAGCCACUGGAAUAGGGGUCAUAGCCUUUGUGCAGAGUGAUGUUGGCCGAGAAGCUGCGUACGCGUUCUUCAUCCUGGGCGGCGUGUGCGUGUCCUUCGGCGGGGCGACCUACGUGGGGAACCUGUUCGCCCUGCGGCGCAUCAUGCUCCUCUCGCUGCCCGCCGUCCUGCUCCACAGCCUGGUGGUCAGCAGCGUCGCCCUCUUCUGGCUGUGCGCGGUAUCGCUCUACAUCGGCCGGCUGGAGGUGGAGAUCAUCCACGACGACGAGGACGACGGGGAGGAGGGGGGCGAGUGCGAGGAGUGCGGGGGCCGGCGGGAGGGGCGCCACCCGGAGGACGGAAAGGGCCAGGACAAGUGAGGGGGGGCGGGGUCCUGUGCUGGGGUGCCCCUGC